AUGGCAUUCACUUUUGCUGCCCUCGCAUAUCUCAUCGCACUGAUCGCCGUCGCCUUUUGUAUCUUCUUCGCCAUAUACACGGUGAUCUGUAUUGAUGAGCUGAAAACAGACUAUAAGAAUCCGAUAGAGCAAUGCCGGAACCUAAACCAGCUUAUUCUGCCUGAAUAUGUCAUUCACAUCACCUACACAAUCCUAUUUCUUCUCAGCUGGCAGAUGUUUAGCAUACUGAUGAAUCUCCCCUUAGCUUUCUAUCACAUUGCCACGUAUAUGCGUCGUCCGGUGAUGUCAGGUCCAGGAAUCUAUGACCCUACUACGAUCUUGCACAGUAGCCACUUGAGCGCUGCUCUACGCGCCAGCUGGGCUAAGCUCGCAUUCUACCUCCUAUCAUUUUUCUACUACUUGUAUGCGUAA